AUGGACGGUCCCAGCAAUGCCUCCGCCAGACAAGGCACUCAACGUAACGGAAGGACACAUGCACCAGCGGCCACCGAGGCUACAGAUCAAAUCAAUCAUGACCCCAACAAUAACAAUAUAACAGAGAAUGUGCGCGCUAUCAUUGCUGAGGACGGGCUGCUGGGUGUUAUCAUGCUUCUCAUCUUCACACCACUGUUGGUUCUGAUUAUGCUAUUCGGCGUACUAUUGGAGCUGAAUAAGUGCAUGGGAAACAUCGCUCCUCCAUGGUACAAGAUGUACAUGGAUGCAUGCAGAAAAUGUUCGGCGCCGGUGCUCGAUUUCAUCAUCUCCGUGGUUUUGAUGUUGCUGGACGCUCUGUGUGUCAUCUUCAACCGAGCGCUGCUUACGAAGCUCUUUCUUAUUGUCCCUCUCACGACUGUCAUCCUACAUGGAAGGAGUUUUCUUCGUGGUGAGAGUGGCGUACUUGCUACCCUAGUUGCAAACGACCUCAUCUACUUGGUGAUAGAUGUUAUGAUCAGAGGAAUCGGCCGGUUUGAGCACUCCGGGAUCGCAAUCUUCAUACUUAUAGAACUUGUAUUUGGGAUGGGAAGCGGUAAUCUGAUCAAGCGGGAUUGA